AUGACUUCACGCGCUGAAAAAAAGCAAACCUUGACUCGUCUCGCAGCAAGACGGCUGAAACAGAUCUCUUCGGGAGAGUUGUCCACAGAAGUCAGAGAGAAGGUGUCUCUAUGUCUCUUAGAUUUCCUCGGAGCGUGCCAGGCUGGUCUUGGUGGUGAGCUUGGCGUGCCUUUGCUCAAGUACGCGGAGCUUCAUGCUGGAAAACCUGAGGCAUUCGUUUUCGGGAGCGACAAGGCAAUGUCUGCCGAAACGGCCGCCUUCAUACAUGCCGCCCUUUCGAACAGCACGGUUCGUGAUGAUAUGCACCUUGACUCAUGCGCGCAUAUAGGCUCCAUGGUCAUUGCUUCCAGCUUGGCCCUUGCCCAACGCGACGGAUGGACCGGGGAGCAACUCAUCCGGGCCAUCGUUGGAGGCUACGAGAUGGGAGCAGUGCUGGGUUAUUCCAUUCGAGGGGGGGGACAGUUCAAUACUCAUUUCCGCAGCACCGCUCUGAUCGGCUCGUUUGCCGCGGCGGGAGCCCUCAGUACGGGUAAAAUACCCGAUGAUGAGGACACUAUCAUGCGAAUCUUGUGCUUCGCAAUCAACAUGGUUUGCGGCAUCAACGCGUGGGCACACACAGGAGGGCGGGAGAUUUAUAUUCACAAUGGAUCAGCAAGUGUUGCAGCCAUCACCAGCUACGACCUUGGCCGCACAGGAAUCUUUGUGAGCGAUGUCGUCCUCGAAGGCAAGGACGGAUAUUUUGAGGCCCUGGGGGUCGACUCGAACGCAUCGAACCGCUUCAAAAGCUGGAUAGAAAGCUCUCCCCUGGGCAGAGGGAUUCUCGAAACUCAUUUUAAGCCUGCAUCCUGCUGCAACUUCACUCAGGCCUCCACCGCCAUCGCCCUGAAGAUGCACAAAGACUUAGAUCCCAAAAUCAGUAAUGUCGAUGACAUCGCCAAAAUUCACGUCACCACAACUCCUGGUGCACUCGCCUACCCAGGCUGUGAUAAUGCCGGGCCCCUUGUCAGCGAAUCCAGCGGAAAACUCAGCAUCCAAUUCGGUAUUUGUGCAGCCCUCGUCUUCGGUCGUUUCGACGACGACACGUCUAGACGCAUCGACAACCCAAUAGUCAAUAGCCUCAUGCGGAAGAUGUCUGUGACAACGGAUCCGGAGUUCGAGAAGAGCUACAAUAAGGGCCUACAACCGGCAAAGAUCGAGAUCUUCUUCAAAGACGGGACUGUUGUCGUCGAGGCGGUGCCAGAUGUUCCCUGGUUGGACGGGCCGGCGGUCACAGAGAGGUUUCUGCAAGAGAUCUCUCGGUGGCUGCCGCUGGAGAGAGCGCAGAAGUUAGUCAGUCGGUGUCAGCAUUUGGAGACUGUCACUGAUGCUGGACGGGAGUUGCUUGUAUUUUAG